CAAAGAGGACAAAAGACGAACCCGAAGACCCGCGAUGAACGCAGCACGGAGGGAGUGGGCGUUUCCUGGCUGUGCGUACCACAGGGGCGUGAAACCAAUGAAACAAUCUUAACCGAUUUAACCUCCGUUUCACAUCCUUUCUGUUUGUACAAGCAGGAACGCCGUCCUCUGUGUGAAAAUGGCCCAGUCUAUUCUCGACAUGAUGCCCUCAGCCUCGACGGGGUCCGUGGUGGUCACAGACCCUCUGAACUUCUGGGGUGGUAAACGAGUCAGCCCCAAGCAGGAGAAAAACGCAGAGCCCGUCUUUGAACCUGCGACUGGUCGGGUUUUGUGCCAGAUGGUACCCUGUGGUGCCGAGGAGGUGGAGGAGGCCAUGCAGAGCGCUCGUGCUGCCUACCUCAAAUGGAGAGAGUUGUCUGGGACGGAGAGGGCUAGGGUGAUGCUGGAGGCCGCCCGCAUUAUCAGGGAACGAAGGGAGAAGAUUGCAAAGUUAGAAGUGAUCAACAAUGGCAAAACCCUCACUGAAGCCCUGGUGGAUAUUGAUGUUUCCUGGCAGUGCAUUGAGUAUUAUGCUGGCCUGGCUGGUACGCUUUCAGGCCAGCACAUCCAGCUUCCCGGUGGAACGUUUGCAUACACCAGGAGGGAGCCUCUUGGUGUGUGUGUGGGGAUCGGUGCAUUUAACUACCCCUUCCAGAUUGCAGUGUGCAAGUCUGCUCCUGCUCUGGCGUGUGGUAAUGCCAUGGUAUUCAAACCCUCUCCAAUGACUCCUGUGACUGCUGUCAUCCUGGCUGAGAUCUACAAAGAGGCAGGGGUACCCGAUGGGCUCUUCUGUGUGGUCCAAGGAGGAGCAGAGACUGGCACCUUGCUCUGCCAUCACCCGACCGUAGCUAAAGUCUCCUUCACUGGCAGCGUUCCAACAGGCAAAAAGGUCAUGGAAAUGUCAGCAAAGGGGGUGAAGCAGGUGACUCUGGAGCUCGGGGGAAAAUCUCCACUCAUCAUCUUCAAAGACUGUGAGCUGGAGAACGCGGUGAAGGGAGCACUCAUGGGAAACUUCCUGACACAGGGACAGGUCUGCUGUAAUGCAACCAGAGUGUUCGUGCAAAAGGAAAUCAUGCCGCAGUUCCUACAGGAGGUUGUCAAGAGGACCAAGGCCAUCCCUGUUGGUGACCCCCUGGUCGAUGGCACACGAAUGGGUGCUCUGAUCAGCAAACCACAACUGGACAAAGCGCUGGGCUAUGUCAGCCAGGCCAAGAAAGAGGGGGCCCAAGUGCUUUGUGGUGGAGAGCCCUUUGUCCCUAGUGAUGCCAAAUUGAAAGGAGGGUAUUAUAUGUCACCCUGUGUACUUGAUAACUGCAGAGACGACAUGACAUGUGUGAAGGAGGAGAUUUUUGGUCCAGUCAUGUCCGUCCUGCCUUUCGACACAGAGGAGGAAGUGAUCCGCAGGGCCAACAACACCACAUAUGGAUUGGCCUCAGGAGUUUUUACCAGGGACAUUACUCGGGCCCAUCGUGUUGCUGCACAGCUGGAGGCAGGGACCUGCUUUAUCAAUAACUACAACAACAGUGCUGUAGAACUACCAUUUGGUGGAUACAAGAAUUCAGGCUUUGGCCGAGAGAAUGGCGAGGUGACAAUCGAGUACUACUCCCAGCUGAAGACCGUGGUCGUAGAAAUGGGCAAUGUGGAGAGCCUUUUUUAAACGCACCAGGUUUACAGUAGUGUGCCAGAACUCCAAAUGAAAUUUCACCCGCGUGUGUUCAGUGCAUUAGACAUUGAAUAUAUACCAUGAACACUCUACUAUGCACUUACUUUGAUUACAUUCCACAAGUAUUCGUGCUGAGGACUGAAGUAGAAAUUACCACAUUAUAGUAUUAAGCAAGUAAAUGAAACAUGACUGAUGUCAAAGUGCGUAAUGAAGGAGCAUCAACAGCCUUAAUUAGAAAUCCUAUGCAUUGUUUACUGUACGCCUCAUUGUAAUGCCAUUUGAUUAAUUUCUUUUUCUCAAAAUAAAAUGUUUUGGAGACUAAAA